AACUUCUAAGUUAAACAGUCCAAGAGAUCUUUUGGGGGCAAAUAUUGACAAAAUACGCGAUCAGCAAAAAAAAAAAUAGUCAAACGGUGCCAAGUUAGAAUUUUCAUCCAGAAUCAAUAUUGUCUUAGUCCACGCAUUCAAGCUGUCCAUUGAACCCUAAAAUUAUCCAUCACCAUUAAAUUCUUGGCUAUAAAAGUUCGCACAAGUUAACGUCAGAAAUUAGUUCUAGACAUCACUCGAAGUUGUGGAUACGAUGGCUUUGAUUUAUCAAUUUGGCAUUAUUUUGGUCGCUUUGGUAGUAUUGGACACUGUGAAAUCCUUUGCUGACCUUGAUGAUGAUUUAAGUCCAUCGAAUAGAACUGGAAGAAGAUUGGGAGACCGCUUGAAGAAGCCAUCUAUGAAUCUUAAUAAUUGUGAAACUCAAACGGGCCACACUGGCAGCUGUAUGACACGUUUCACUUGCAUGCGAAAUGGUGGCACUGUUUCGGGAUUUUGUGGGACUUAUGGUGUUUGCUGUGAAACAAAUGUUCAAUGUGGCAAGACCUCGAAAUUGAAGAGAACCCUCAUCCAGACUCCAACAACUAUUCCCACGAAGUGUACUUAUGUCUUCGAGCCUUACAGCCCGAAUGUGUGUCAAAUCAAGAUCGAAAUGGAAGAAUUCCGUUUGCAACAGCCGCAAUCGGUGACAACGGGGGCUAACGUUGGAGAUAGUGUUGAAUGCAAUGAUCGCCUUGAGAUUAACGACAUAACACUGUGUGGUAAUAACGACGGGCAGCAUUUGUACGUCCCUUUCGAUGUGGCCGGCGGAACCGAUGCUAAUGUAAAUUUGAUUUUCAACCUGCCCAGCCGUGAUCCCAUCUCAAGGUGGCGUCUUAUUGUGACUCAGUUGGAGUGUCCCUCAGCUGCGUCGAGGAAGGGACUUCUGCCAUUUGCAAAGAAUACCGGUUUUCAGGAUCUGAGGAAUAUAUUCUCCUCACAGAAUAACGAUUUGCCCUUAUUGGCUCCCCGGGGAUGUUCUCAAUAUUUCACGGAGAGGACAGGGACUUUUGAGUCGUUCAACUAUAACGGUGGAGCUGGACCGUAUAUGAGCAAUUUGAACUACGCCAUCUGCUUCCAACGGCAAGUUGGAGAUUCAGCAAUUGAAUUCACAUUCACUGAUUUUGGGUUACCUAAUGAGGGAGUGAAUAAUGGUUAUGAUGCUGAUUGUCAUUCGUUGAUUCCAACAACAGGAAGAUCAGAUGACUAUUUGUUAAUUCCAGGAGCUGUUGUGACUUCGACUCUGGGUGCUCUGCAACCAACUUAUUUUUGUGGAACAUCAUCGAAGGGAACAAAAGCUAUUUAUGCCGCUGCAGGACCUUUUGUGAUUUAUUUCAAUAGUGACGAAUAUUCUUCACCACAAGACUUAGGAUUUAAAAUAACAUUCAAUAUCGCCUAAAAUUUGGUUUGUGCUUAGUUUAAAAAUGGAAGAACGGAAAAAUAUAGAUACAAUUUACUGUAAAA